CCGAAAGCUCCCAGUUACAUGAGGCGCACCCUGCUAUUGGGCACGGCGGCCUGCGCGUCUGGCCUCGUGCUAGGCAGUGGCGGCGGUGUCCGCGCUGUGCGAGCGCAGGCCGCGUCGAUGAGCUCCUCCGACGAGCGCGUGUUCUCCCUCGCCGACCAGGUGGCCCGGUUCGCGCGUGCAAAGGAGGAGAACAACCGCCGGUACCUGGACAUCGACACGGUGUACGACGGCUCCUACCUCAAGGGCAAGCGCGUGCUCGUGACCGGCGGCAACCAGGGGCUUGGCCUCGCAAUCGUGCGCGAGCUCGUGGCGCAAGGAGCCGAGGCGGUGGUGGUCGGCCGCCGCAGCUCUCCCGACCUCGACGCGCUCGGGUGCCAGGUCAUCACGGGUGUGGACGUGACGGACGAGGCGGCGGUCAAGGGCAAGAUGGUGGACGAGCUGGGCGAGCCCGUCGAUUACGUCAUCAACAACGCCGGGUAUUUUCCGGACAUCACCGACUCGGUGGCGGACGGCAUGAUGUUCUCCGAGCAGCUCAAGCAGAUCGACAUCUGCGCGCUCGGCCCGCUUCGCGUCUCAGAGGCCCUCGUCAAGGCCGGCAAGGUGCGCGGCGCCAUCGUCGUCAUCUCGUCGCAGGCGGGCUCGGCCGAGUGGCGCACGACCCAAAACGCAGACGAGGGGGGCGACUACGGGCACCACAUGUCGCGCGCCGCCUGCAACAUCGGCGGCGUGCUGCUCGCCGAGGAGCUCAAGAAGCGCGGCGUGCCCGUGCUGCUGCUCCACCCCGGCUUCAACAAGACGGGGAUGACCUCCAAGUACUCUCACAUCUGGGAGGUUGAGGGGGCGGUCGACGCGGCCGUCGGCGCGAAGCGGGUGCUGCACGAGGUGCGCGGCGCAACCAUGGAGCGGACGGGCCAGUUCAUCAACUGCGAGGACGGACUGCGGAUCCCGUGGUGAUGUCUGGCCGCGGCAGCGUUCGGCCAGCGCCGCGUCUCGGCACUCGGGGAGAGCGGAUGCGGCCGCUUUGGAGCGACACCUGCUGCUGGGCGGUGUAGGGGCGGAGUAGUACACGUACAAAAAGGGAGAGUAUUGAGCGAA